AUGGUUAAACCAAAGAAAGCCGCUGCGAAAGGCGAUGAUGCUGAACAGAUGGUUUUAGAUUAUUUGAGAAAGACAAAUCGACCUUACAGUGCUAAUGAUAUUUCAAGUAAUCUUCAUGGAGCUGUCACUAAAGUUAUUGCACAAAAGGUCUUGAGUAACCUUGUAGAUAAAUCUGAAGUUUGUUGUAAACCUUAUGGAAAACAAUCAGUUUAUGUCAUCAAUCAGGACCAAUUUGAGUCACCUUCUCAGGAAGAAUUGAACGAUAUGGAUGUAAAAAUUGACGAACUUAAAAAGGAAAUUGAUGAGUACAAGGAGAAAAAUAGGCAAUUAACGUCAGAACUGACUGCAUUAAAUAAUUCUCUGACUAAUGAACAAUGCGAGGAGAGGAUCAAGGCUUUAACUGAACAGAAUAAAAAAUAUGAAGAACGUUUAGAAGAAUUACGAUCAGGCACAAAACAAUUUUCUGCUGAUGAUGCAAAACGAAUUGAUGAUAAGUUUGAAAGAAAUCGUAAAUUCUGGAAACAAAGAAAAAGAAUGUUUGACGAAAUUGUCUCAACGAUGUUGGAGAAUAUUGAUAUGAAGAAACAGGUGUUUGAGGACGAGGAACUAGGUAUUGAAAGAGAUCCUGUAGAUAUCAACGAAGAUCCUUUGAAAAAUUUGUAA